AUGACUCUGAUAUUCAUCACCACAUCCCUAAUCUCCUUAUCCAUCUACUUUGUAUGGCACAAGGGUCUCGCUCUCGAACUUUCCUUCUUCGUCUUCUUCGAAACAAUCGAGCUCACCUUCCUCUUUUCAUACCACGUAAGAAUCCUCCAGGGUGGAUGGGUCCCACUUCUCUCUUCCAUCUUCCUGUUCACCAUAAUAUACCGUUGCAUCAUCCGAAAUGGAUACAAAGAUGUUAAUGAAAAUGAGAACGAGUACGACUUCGAGAAUGCUUUGAUUAUGAGCAUUGCAGAGUUCAUCCAGCUGGAAGCGGAAGGAAUCACCGGAGGUGAAGUUCAGGCUAGGGUACAGCUGCAGCUGGUCGACACGAGGUACAAGGACUCGUUCGUGAAGGACGAAGUGAUGAGACUGGUGGAAGCCAAGAAGUUUGGGGGGCGUAUGUGA